AACAAUCUCCCGUCUGUCGAUGUGGUUAUUUGCAUUUGCAAAGAAUCGGAAGCUAUGGUCUACGGAACAGUUCUUGCUGCUUUCGAUCUCGAUUAUCCUCUCGACAAACUGAGGGUCAUUGUAACCGACGAUGGCGGAGACAGCGCGGUAGAGAGCGGACUUGCUGCGCUCCGAAGCAGAGUCGGAAAUGUAUUCUACACCUCGAACUACGGCAAAGCAACGGAGAAGCCUCCUGGAGUCAAAGCCGCCAAUCUCAACAAUGCCCUUCAGUUCAUCGACAGUCUUCCUGGAGGCAGAGCGGAGUUGAUCGCCGUGCUGGAUGUAGACAUGAUUCCCGACAGAGCAUGGCUCAGAGCAACGAUUCCCCAUUUUUACCCAGCUGGGGGAUAUCAGGAGGACGGAAAAGAGAUAGGUUUGGUUUGCGGGGUUCAGACUUUCUACAACAUUCCCGACAACGACCCAACCAACCAAUCCAAUUCUCUCCGUGUCAAAUGCUACCACCCCAUCCAAGAUCAAGCGGGGAAGGGCCAAUGCGCCGGCUCAGGCUGGGUCAUGCGCCGGAAAGCCCUGGAUGACUUACCUGGUGGGCAGUUUCCGACAACCUGUGUCUGCGAGGACUUCUACACGCAGUUUCUUCUGGGCCAAACCAACCACUGGAUUACCGCCGCUGUUGCCGAGUAUUUGCAAUGUGGCCUGGUCCCUGAUACCUACCAGGCACAACUCAAGCAAUACACUCGCUGGUACCUCAGCAACCUUGCCGUGCAGGACCUUCAUCAACUCUCAGGGCACUCCUGGAUAUCUCUCUUGGAAAAGCUGGUUUGGAAAGCGCCCGUUACCAUGGUUGGGUUGAUGAUGAUGCAUCUGAAGCCUCACCUCGCCACCCUUCAGCUCAUCCUUUUCCCUCUCCUCUUUCUUACCAAGACCCCGCUCAUUGUUACGUCUCCCGACAGAUCGGAGGAGCUGACCCGGUUGCUCAGGAUUCAUGCCGGUUCGGUAUUCUUUUCCUAUCUCCAUCACGUUCACAUCGGCGUCAUGGCAGGGUAUAGAGCCUCGAUCAUGGACUGGGGCAUGACAAAGUGGCUAAGCCCUCAUUACACAGUUGCUUACAUGAAGACAUACUUCCCGGGGCUAUUCAACUCCACUCAGUCAAAGAAAUCCAGCGCCGCUGCCUUCGUCUCAACUGGCAGUCUCAAGGACAAGCUCUUCGAACGCUUUCCAGCGCGGCGGGGAGGCCUGUCGAAGAGACUGAACCACAUCCUUCUUGAAUGUGGUGUCUGGAUGCACUGUGUGGCUGUCACAGCCAUACUCGUCACGGCCUGGGUCGCUGUGAAGAAUCUUCCCGAGGCUUCAAACAACACGGAGAAGCUCCUCAAUAUUCUGCUCUGGGUUUUCUGGCCCUCAAAUCAGGCUUUCAUUGUUCUUGCGAUAGCCUGCUUUACUCCGAUCAAGUACGCCAUUUGGCCCCCCAACGUCGGCGAGAACCAUGACUUGCUCCAGAAAGUCCACAACGGACCGGGGGCGCCCACCUCUUUUCUAUUCCGCCCCAGAGAGGAGGCAAAGCGCUGGGAGGAGAGAAGUAAUCCGAUUUGGGGUGGAGGAUUGGAUUUCGUGACGGUUUACACCAUUUGGGGUAUCUGGGCCGGGUUGGUGUUCAUUUGGGCCUGGUGGCUCUAG